AUGAGCGAAAGGGACCCCUCCACAUUGUCCCAACAGAAGAGCAACAACAUACGCAAGAGACGUUCCGUCGUUCUCGAUGCCAUUGAUGCUGCCGCCGCUGAUGCUGAGGACCACAUUAUACAACCAUCCACGUCCAAUAGCAAUGCUAGGACAAACUCUCAAAAAAGGAACAAGAAACCAAUACUGGAUUCAUGUUGCUCCCCUACAACACCCUUAAAGAGAAGAUUACAAACUGCAUCCGUAGCAUGGCAUCUAUCAUCAUUCGUUCUCUUUUCUGUAUUCACAUUAUACGUUCUUUCAACACCCUUGUUCUGGCCCAUCGUCAUACCUUACAUGAUCUAUUUCUUUAUAGACAAGGCCCCAGCUAAUGGAGGCGUCGUUACCAGAUAUUCCGUUUGGUUCAGAUCAUUGACCAUAUGGAAGUACUAUUGCGACUAUUUCCCCAUAACAUUAGUGAAAACAACUGAUAUACAACCUACUUUCACUCCAAGGAAACAAACAACAAACGGCAACAUCCCACCAAAUGGCUGGAAACUAAGACUAUGGCCCACUCACUACUCCAUAAACAUAAUGCGGAGACGCAACCAACAAACGGAAUUGGAACCCACGGGACCCCGCUACAUAUUUGGGUAUCAUCCCCAUGGAAUUGGUGCCCUUGGUGCAUUCGGUAUAUUCGGUACAGAGGGCAGAAACUGGUCUCAAUUGUUCCCGGGAAUCCCCGUUUCCCUGAUGACUUUGGUCACUCAGUUCCAUAUACCAUUCUAUAGAGAUUACCUAUUAGCGUUCGGUAUCACAGCUGUAUCAAGGAAAAAUUCAUUGAAAACUUUAGAAAAGAAUCAAUCCAUAUGUAUCGUGGUGGGCGGAGCUAGAGAGUCUUUAUUGAGUGCUGUCGGGUCCACUGAACUGAUCCUUAAUAAGAGGAAGGGAUUCGUUAAAUUGGCAUUAAAGACUGGGAACGUCGGAUUGGUCCCCGUAUUUGGGUUCGGUGAAACAGAUUGUUACAACAUAAUGAGGACUAAAGAAGAUUCUAUGCUUAGAAGAGUACAAUUUUGGGUCAAAGAAAAUUGUGGCUUCACUAUCCCAAUCUUUUACGCAAGGGGGUUGUUCAAUUAUGAUUUCGGUUUAUUACCCUUUAGAUUUCCCAUCACUGUUGUCAUUGGGAAACCUAUAUUGGUUAAGGAAAAAAUCGCAAAUCCAUCUGAAGAAAUUGUGGAUUACUAUCACCAUCUUUAUGUCGAGGAAUUAAAAAAAAUAUACAAUGAGAAUAGGGACAAAUAUGGAUAUGCUCAUCAAGAAUUGAAAAUCGUAGGGUAG